AUGCUACAUAAACUCUAUAUAUCGACGCUCUUGCUCGCAGCGCUGGACGUGGCCGCCCACACCGGUUGCACGUCCUCCGAGAACGCGACGGACGCGACACCGACGCCGCCGCGCGGCCACGGCCAGCCAGAGAUCAUUGGCGGCAGCACCGUUCCGCGUGGCGACGAUUUGUUUAUGGCGGGCGUGCGCAAGAGCUCUUGGGGUCUCUCGAUCUGCGGUGCCGCGCUCAUUGCGCCCACCUAUGUUCUCACGGCGGGCCACUGCGUCGACGACUCGAUCAACUACGUCGCGGUAGGCACGCGCUACAACAUUGGCGGCCUCGACGGCGAGCGCAUUCGCAUCAAGCGCAAGAUCAUGCACCCCGAGUACGUCGAGCUCUUUGACACGCCAUUCAACGACUGGGCCAUCCUCGAGCUUGAGACGCCGUCGACAAUCAAGCCGAUCCGAGUUUCGUUCGACGACAGCCCCGUGGGCACCGUCGGCACGGUGCGUGGGUGGGGUCGUAUCAUGAACGGCGUCCUCGGGCCGCCGUCGCUCGUCCUCAAGCAAGUCGACGUCAAGAUCUGGGACAACGACAAGUGCAACGCGGCCAUCCAAGCGGCGAGCAAGGGCACGUACCCCCACAUUCGCAGCUCCAACGUCUGUGCUGGUGGCGUCCAGGGCGAGGACGUGUGUCAAGGCGACUCGGGCGGUCCGCUGACGAUUACGCAAAACGGCGAAGACGUUGUCGUUGGUGUCGUGAGCUGGGGCUACGAGUGCGGGCUGGCUAACACACCGGGCGUCUACGCGCGCUUGUCGGCGGCCAAGGCGUUCAUUUCGCCCUUUUUGGUCUGAUAACCCGGUGGUUUCUGCCGUGCCGAUUGCAGUUUAACCAACACGAGCCAGCUAGUUAUAUGUAUGUCGUUCCUUGCUAAACUUUUAGUCGCGCAGC